GCGGUUGCUGCAUGGGAGGGAGAGGGAGGGGGAGAGGGAGAGGGAGAGGGAGGAGAGGGAGGUCACCACUCGACGCCACAUCAGGAUCCAGAUCAUGGACGUUGCGGCGAUGGAUGUGGGUCGGAGCAAUGAGGCGCGGCUCUCUGAUGUGUACUCUGAUACGGCUCUGUUCCCCGAGUACGACCCUGUGCCCCUCGCGGGUCUGGUGGGUACCCCGAGUGUCCACCUCGUUGGCUACGCAGAGACCACCGGCAAGCUCUCGUCCGGCGAGACGCUCCCACUGGCAGACGUCCCGCUCGCUGCCCUGACAGAGCGUGCAGAGAUUGCUUUUGCGGCUGGGCAGUACGAGCAGGCGAAGGAGCUGUAUGCGGCUGCUGCUGGUCAGGUCGGCAGCGAUACGCCGCGGGUGCUGCGGGCAGCGCUGGCGUUUAAUGCCGGAGUGGUGGCAGAGGAGCUGGAUGACGAAGCGUCUGCAGCAGAUGCAUACAUGGUGGCGGUGGGCGAGCUUGAUGCGCUGGUGGCCAGCGGCGAGGAUGUGGAGGGAGCCGGCGAUCAGCUGGUGAUUGCGGCCCGCGCUCUCGGACUUGUGCUGAUGUCCGAGGGCCGGACCGAGGAGGCGUACGCACUGCUGCAGUCGUCGCGGGCGGCGGGCGACGGCGGGGUGCUGUUUGUGCUCGCCACGCUGGCGCGGAUGCUUGGCAUGACGACGGCUUCGAUGGAGCACAUGUGCCAGCUGCUGGUGGCUGUGGCGCCAGGGGUUCUCGACUCUGUGGCGCUCGGUGCCAACGAGCUCGGCGCAUGGCUCAAGAACGCGCCAGCGUCGGCGCAGGCUCUUUGGCUUUUUACCGUCGACGCCUGUGUGUGCGAUGGCUACGUGGAGGAGGCCGAGUUUCUGCUCACCCUCCUAGCCGCCGGCAUCGACGCCGCUUUUGGCCCGUCGUCGGUCGAGGCCAACGCCAUGACCAUGGAGCAGGUCUCUUUCUACGAUCGCGAGGGCAAGGAGCCGGCCCAUCCCCCGGAGAUCAUGUCGGGCUUUACCCGCCCGGCCAUGCCUUAUGCGCUCUCCCGGGCCGAGGCUGUGCUCUCGCGCGGCAGUGCCGGCAAGUGGUGCCUGCGCGUGGCGGCACCGGCGGCUAUUCUGCCGCCGGGCAAAGGCGCGCACGUCCUCGAGCUUGAUGCUGUCGAGAUGACCGAGGCGGGCGCAGCAGCUGCAGCCGCCGCCAUUUGCACAGCCACUGCCGAGACGACGAGCCUCUUUGACCUGUGGCUCUACGCCGAGGCGCCGACGGGCGCCUUCCCGCUCGACUUUGUCAAGCACCUCGCCACCGCCCUCGCGGCCGACAACGUCGGAACUCGGGUCUGCACUGCGCAGCCCAGUGUACGCAAGGCAUCGCCAUCAGCGUCGCCAUCAGCGUCGCCGUCGGCCUCUUGAGAGGCGAGGAAAUGACUCGGGGGCUUCGACUCGCUUCGAGAAACUGAUUUGCGUGAGAGGUCGAGACUCGUCCAGAAGGCUUGUUGGCGCAGUAAAACCGGCGUGAUCCAG